AUGGAGCCCAUUCGAAUCCUCCUUGUCGGAAAUGGUGGUCGGGAACAUACUUUGGCUUGGAAACUCAGCCAAUCUCCCCGCGUUGAGUCCAUAAUCGCAGUCCCAGGGAAUGGAGGAACCGCAAAUUGCCCAAAGGUUUCCAACGAUUCCAGCGUCAAGGCAGAUAAUUAUCCCGGACUUGUUGCAUUGGCUAAGAAGCACAGUGUUAACUUGGUAGUACCAGGGCCAGAAGCGCCCCUCGUUGAUGGAAUUGAAGAUUAUUUCCGAGCAGCAGACAUACCUUGUUACGGACCAUCAAAACUUGCUGCGCGUUUGGAAGGCAGCAAAGCAUUUUCGAAGGAUUUUAUGAAGAAGUACAACAUCCCAACUGCAGCUUACGAGAACUUUACGAAUUACGAAGAUGCGCGAAAAUAUAUUGAUAGCAUAAGUCAUAAUGUUGUCAUUAAGGCCAGUGGAUUGGCAGCUGGAAAGGGUGUUAUUAUUCCAACAUCGAAAGAAGAAGCUCACCAGGCCCUAAAGGAUAUUAUGCUUGACCGAGAGUUCGGGGAUGCUGGAGAUGAGGUUGUCAUCGAGGAGUUUCUGGAGGGUGAUGAGCUCAGUAUUCUCACUUUCUGCGAUGGUUACAACAUGCGGUCUUUGCCCCCUGCUCAAGAUCAUAAGAGAAUUUUCGAUGGUGAUAAGGGUCCAAAUACUGGAGGCAUGGGGUGCUAUGCGCCUACUAAUAUUGCUACCAAAGAAUUGAUCGAAGAGAUCGAACGGACCGUAUUGGAGCCUACACUUCGCGGCAUGAGAAAAGAGCGUACCAAUUUCAUUGGAACUCUUUUCACUGGCUUGAUGAUAACCAAGGAUGGACCAAAAACUUUGGAGUACAACGUUCGCUUUGGCGACCCAGAAACACAAACUUUGUUACCAUUGUUGAGUGCAGACACGGAUCUUGCAGAAAUCAUGCUGGCAUGUACUCAAGGAUGCCUCGAUGAAGUGGAUAUCAAGGUCGAUCAAAAAUUCAGUGCAACUGUCGUGGUAGCUGCUGGCGGAUACCCAGGAUCAUAUGCCAAAGGUACACCUAUGGAAGUCAAGACCCCUCCAGCCGGUUCCAAUAUAUUUCAUGCUGGUACCGUCGUGAAAGAUGGACAAUUACAAACAUCUGGCGGACGUGUUAUUGCAGCACAAGCAGUCGCAGAGACUUUGGAGCAGGCCGUAAAGGACGCUUACACCACUGUCGAUUUCAUCAAGUUUGACAAAAUGUUCUACCGCAAAGAUAUUGCUCAUCGCGCAUUUAGAUCUACUCCUGCUACUAAGGAAGCACUUACAUACGCAUCCGCAGGUGUCAGCAUUGAUGCUGGUAACGAGUUUGUUGAGCGUAUCAAGAAAGCAGUUGCUUCCACCCGAAGACCAGGAGCUGAUGCCGAGAUUGGUGGUUUUGGUGGAGAGGUUGAUCAACAUAUUGCUGGUUAUUCAGGUGCUCCAAUCAUGGUUGGUGCCAUUGAUGGAGUGGGUACUAAACUCAUGAUUGCACAAUCCAUGAACAAACAUGACACAGUUGGCAUUGACUUGGUUGGCAUGAAUGUGAACGAUUUAGUUGUUCAAGGUGCUGAACCACUCAUGUUCCUCGAUUACUAUGGCUGCAGCCAGUUGAAGCUUGAGAACGCAGCAGCUUUCGUCGAAGGUGUUGCUGCCGGAUGCAAAGACGCCAACUGUGCACUUGUCGGUGGUGAAACCGCUGAGAUGCCCGGUAUGUACCAAAAAGACGAUUACGAUGCCGCAGGUACUGCUAUCGGAGUCAUGGAGAAGGAAUACAGAUUACCGAAAACAGAGAACAUGGCAGAAGGUGAUAUCCUUAUUGGUUUAGCAUCUGCAGGAGUCCACUCCAAUGGAUUCUCUCUCGUGCGAAGAAUCCUUGAGAGAGAGAAGCUCGCUUACACAGCCACUGCUCCAUGGGAUCCUUCAACAACAGCUGGACUAAGUCUCCUAACACCUACUCGCAUCUACGUGCGCUCUUUACUUAAAGUUACCAAAAAGCACUUACUCAAGGGCUUGGCUCACAUUACUGGUGGUGGCUUAACCGAGAAUGUCCCUAGAAUGUUACCUUCUCACCUAGCUGCCGAGAUCGACGUUGCUACUUGGCAAUUACCUGCAGUAUUCAAAUGGUUGAAGAGUGCAGGUAACGUCACAGCUAGCGAGAUGGCUAGAACAUUCAACACGGGUAUUGGAAUGGUGGCAGUUGUUAGCAAGGAGAACGUGGAACAGGUGAUUAGCGAAUUGGAAGGGUCUGGCGAGAAGGUUUUUACCAUUGGAAGACUGGUCAAGAGAUCAGGUGAAGGUUGUGAGUUGAAGAACUUGAACUCUUGGGAUCAAAACUAG